UUCUGGUCAACGCAGUCCGCAUCGCCCUCGGGCAACGGAUGAAGGUCAGCCUUCCUCUCUUCGUCCUCAUCUUCACCGUGUCACCAAUCCCAGAGCCUGGCUGGCGCGUCGUUCCUCGCAGACCUUGGUCCACGCCAACUGCACUGUAUCCAAGCCGAUGUUCUCUUGUCUGGCGCGUUCAACCCCGUCAGAUUGGUGACGUCGGACCUAUUGACUAUCUUUUAAGGCCUAUUAACUAUCUUUUACCCUCAUGGAGGGAUCCUGUCGGGCUCUCAUGCCCAUCAUCUUGGUCACAGCUCCGAGGGUGUGGACUCCCUCUCGAGCCAGUUCGGUGCGAUGAGUCUUCCGCCUAGCAACGGCCACGAAGCCUCCAAUAUGUCACAGAUCCAGCAGCAUGGAUACAUGACGAGCCAGGAGCAACCUGUCGCUUACCAGGGCUACUCGUCCAGGGCGGGUCUCCCCAGACAGCGCGAACGUCCUCAUGGUCCAGAAGCGGGCAAAACUCGUCGAGAAGCCCAGGCGUCCAUCGGCCAUCUCUCUCGCCAGGACAUGACAACAAGGAAGAGGCGGACAUCACUGCCCACGGCUCCCAUCAGCCCACCUGCCCAAGGCCCUCUCGACGGCUCUCACAUCACUGCCCACGACUCUCAUCGCGGAGAAGCCCUGGGCGCUCUCAAGGCAAUCAAGCUGCUCAUCGCCGCCAGGGUCAAGGAAUUAGAGGGGAGGGUCCCGUCGCGUCGGGUCUCCUUCGCCGGGAGCGACGGCGAGAACAUCUGGCAUGAUUUCGACAACCGGGAGGAGGCUCUGGCCGGUGAUAUGCGCGAGUUGAAGUUGGUCGAGGACGCCAUGGAUGUUGAUAAGGAGAACAAUUCUUGUUUCGUGGUGCCGGACAGGGCGCCGGUGAAGUCGCGUGAAGGCGGGGUUGAGAAGAUGGAAGGUAUAGUGCUGGCGCCCAAAGCGGCAUCAAAGCCACGCAAGCACGAGAUACAGCGACAGAUCUUGUCGGCAUAUCAUGACAACACAGAUGCUUUUUACUGGGACGAUAAGGAGUUGUGGGAUGAGAGGUUUAGGCGGUGA